UUGACAGAUUAUUCAAAAUAUGCCAUCUCCGGCAGCAACGUGAGUCUGCCAAUCUCCAGUUUGCCGAGGAACUACAAAUCACUCACCUGGUUUUAUACUACUGACCAGAAGAUCGUAGAAUGUGAAUCCGGUCAGCCUAAAUACUUCAAUACUAAAUUUAAGGACAGGGCCAGGCUUGAUCUUCAAAGUGGCACACUGCACAUCCAUAACGUCCAGAAGGAGGACAGCAGCACUUACCUCCUGAUGGUGCUGAAGGACACUGGGGACGAGGACGAUUGGAAGAUCUCACUGGUGGUGCUUGACGCUGUACCAAAGCCUGUCAUAGAAGUCAAGAAGACACAGGAAGUGAACAAGUGUUACCUGACCUUGUCCUGUGUGAUCCAGGACCAGCCUGUAAACUACACCUGGUAUGCAGAGUCCCUUCCAAAAGAGUUCCAGAGCAGUGUGCUUGAAGUGACCCAUGCACCACAAAACUACUCCAGUUCUUAUACCUGUCAAGUCAGCAAUCCUGUGAGCAGCCAAAAUAACACAGUCAACUUCACUUCACCCUGUGUACUGGCCCCAUCCUCUGGAGUAGCUUGGAUUGCCACUUGGCUAGUGAUCAUGGUAAACACUGUUCUUGGUCUCCUAUGGAUCUGA